AUGAUUCUAAGACUAGGAGCAAAAUUAUGUAAUGUUGUUAGACCGUGUUUAAACCAAGUACGGAACAUUAGACCUUCAGUGAAAAUAGACAAAGAAACAUUCCAGUUGACACUAGACGUGCGGCAAUUCGACAAGGAAGAAAUCAGAGUGAAAGCCAGGACAGAAUUCAUCAUAGUUGAAGGCAAGCAGGAGAGGAAGACCAACAACGGCUAUGUUAUUCGACAAUUUGUCAGAAAAUUUAAAUUACCAGUAGGCUGUGACCCGCAUACUAUUAAAACUAAACUAUCACCUGAUGGCAUCUUGACGGUGACAGCGCCACGGAAAUUUUGUGAACACAACUUGCCGUGUGAGCGGAUAAUUCCCAUAGGAGUUGGAGAAAAUGAAGAAAUCGAUCAGUCCUUGAUCCCGGUUACCAAACCCAGUGAAGAAAUAAAAAAGGACCCAUGUGCUGCAUAUCUCUCUGAUGAUAAAAAUAAAAGCAAGUCUGACCCUGGUCCUAAUAAAGUUAAUAAGAAAUAA